AUUUAUGUUAAAAUGAUUAUGAUAUAAUAUAUAUAAUAUUUAGCGGAAUUAAAAUUUUAUUUUAAUAUAGCAAAUAAUUUGCUUAUUAAAUGAAUGUGUCGUGAAAACGCAUGUUACAAUUCAUGGAUUAUUUUAACGAAAAUAUUAUCCGUCACGAUGCCAGGCAAAAUAAAAGUGAAAAUACUGGCGGGUCGCAAUCUGCCAGUAAUGGAUCGUUCUGGUGAUACGACGGAUGCAUAUGUCGAAUUGAAAUUUGGCAAUAUAACAUUUAAAACGGAUGUAUGUAGAAAAUCACUUAAUCCCCAAUGGAAUUCAGAAUGGUACAGAUUUGAAGUUGAUGAUUCUGAACUGCAAGAUGAGCCAUUGCAAAUCAGAUUAAUGGACCAUGAUACUUAUUCUGCAAAUGAUGCAAUAGGAAAAGUUUAUAUAAAUUUAAAUCCAUUAUUGUUACCUGGUGUUCCUCCUACUGUUAAAAAUAUUUGGACAUUAGAAGCUGCAAUGAAUACUAAUGCUGGAUCUCAAAGUGGUUCUGUUAUGACUGGAUGGAUACCAGUAUAUGAUACAAUGCAUGGAAUUCGUGGUGAAGUUAAUAUUAUUGUUAAAGUAGAAUUAUUUUCUGAUUUUAAUAAAUUCAGACAAUCCUCUUGUGGAGUGCAAUUUUUUUAUUCACCAAAUAUACCUCAUGGAUAUCAUACUCAAAGUAUACAUGGUUUUGUAGAAGAAUUAGUUGUUAGUGAUGAUCCUGAAUAUAAAUGGAUUGAUAAAAUAAGAACACCCAGAGCUUCAAAUGAAGCAAGACAAACAUUAUUUUUUAAAUUGAGUGGUGAAGUUCAAAGAAAAAUUGGAUUGAAAGCUUUAGAUCUUGGUGGAAAUGCUGUUAUUGGGUACUUACAAAAUUUUGAUUUGGAAGGUGAAUCUGGUAUUGUAGCUCGAGGUAUAGGUACAGCUGUUACACUUGUAAAAUUGCAAGAUACUUUGAAUCUUCCAUCUGAUAAUAUAGAAGAGGCAUUAUUUUCACAACACAAAGCACGAAAGGAACAUACAGGAUUCGAUGAGAAUAUGCCGCUAUAUCCCGUUACUCCCACAAAUAUCCUUAAUCCUUUUUCUGCAACACGAACCACGCGCAUAAAGGAUAAUUUGUCUCAUCAUUUAAAAUUGUCCAAAAGUCCUCGACGAAAAUUUGUAUGUCCUUGUCGUAAAUUAAACAAUACAAGAUCUAUUGAAAACUCAUCAAAAUUAAAUGAUGUAAGAAAAACCACAGUUUCGUAUCCAAUUUUAAUUGAAUCAAUCGUUCAAGAUCCAUCUAUAAGAAUGAUGUUAGCAUUAGAAGAUGAAAGAGGUGAAAAUACAAAAAAUAUAUUGGAUGUUCGUAAAAAUUUAAAGAGAUUAUUCAAUACAAGUGAUACAGAAAAUAAAUCUAAUUCUCGAUUAAACAGUUUAACUCGAUCGUCUAUUGUAAAUAUUAAAUAUCCAAAAAAAGAAAAAAUAUUUAAGGACAAUACAAUUAAAACAGGUGUGACAGCUCUGAUAAAGUCAAUACAUAAUAUACCUUUAGAGAAUGUUAAAGAAAAUCAUCAAUCAAUAACAUAUUCUAUGUGUGAUAAUACGAAAGAAUGCAUUGAUAAAUAUAAGGAAAAUAUUGAAAAUAAAGAAGAAUUUAAAAAUGAAACUUAUAAUAUAACACCGAAAACGCAGAUGAAAAAUGAACAUGAAUCUUCAUUUGAAGAAAAUACAUCUAGUUCUAAUAGCUUUUCAGAUGAAUCUUCGAUUGAUAGUGCUAGUUACAAUAUUUUAAAUGAUUCGAAAUUUUCAAUUGAAGAAGAAAUAGAAGCUAUGAAUGAAUUUAAUAAAUUUUGUGGAACUAAUACAUAUCCUCCAUUAAAAAAAAAAUUGUCACAAUUACGAUUGCAGAAAACAGAUAGUGAUAUAUAUUUUCUUCAUAAACAAAGUAUAUCUUCAUUUAUAAAAUAUCUAUCUAUGCAUAAUGUUAAUUUUACAAUUACGGAAAAUAAAAAAAAUUAUACCCAAAAGACAAUAACAUUUCCUAAUAAAGAUAAGGAAAAUAAAGAAAUUCUACAAAAUUUACAACAAAAUACCGAUAUCUCGCAAGAUUUCAGUUUUGCACUUGCAACGAGUACGCCUACAGAAAUUCAACUUCCUUUUUUUUCAAAAGUUCAAGAACCUGAUUCUUCGGUUGCUGAUGCAGCAAAAAAAUUAACUAUUUUUGUUACUGAUUCUGAAAAAUAUGAUAAAUUUAAAGAAUGCAAUAAAAUUUCUAUAAAAGAAGAAUCUGAACAUACUUCGGAUGCAAACAAUACGAAAGAUGAUGAAUUAUUUUAUGCUGAUAAUUCUGAAGUAUCAAUACCUACAUAUUCGAUGCUAAGUGACAUUGAAAAUAAAGAUAAAAUAGAAAUGCAUAAACAAAUUGAUAAAGAUCAGAAAUUUCUUUCUGCAAUCGAACAAGUAGAUGAAGUUACUUUGCAAGAUUCUUUUAAAAAUAAACAGCAUUUUGAAAGAUUAGAGGAAUGCGAAAUAUUAAAAUUAACUUUAUCAACACAGUCACUUCCAUCAUUACAACAAUAUCAAUUCUCUACUAUAAAAUCAAAUGAAGAAGAUAUAAACAAAAAAUUAAGUCCAGAAGUUAUGUUAAAAACUUCAUCUAUUGAAAGUUUGAUACAAUCUUCCAGUAAUGAAAUUUUUGAAUUACAUAAGGAUAGACAACGACGUAUGUUAGAAUUGAUUAAAAUAAUUGAUACGAAAAUGAUGGUACAUUCGUCUCAUCAUAAUGAUAAUGAUAGUUAUUUAAGGAAGAAAAAACGAAAUAAAUUAUAUAAUAAAAAUUUUAAUUCUCGAAAUUUAUGUCAAAAUUUGCAUAAUCAGUUUUUAAAGAAACGUUUCCAAAAUAAUAAACAUGCAAAAAUUAUGCGCGUGUCUUCGUUUUCUAAAGAUUUUUUUUUAAAUAAGGAAUUCGUACCUACAUUAAUUACACCUGAUACCUCUUCCUAUAAUUCCUCUCUCGAAAGUAUAAUCAUUCAUGAUCCAUUAGUUCAAUCACAUUUAUGCAGAACAACUGAAUCAUUUUCUUCAAAAGAUAGUUUCAUAACCAAAAGAUCUACAGUUGAUCUAUGCGACGUUUCUACAAGAGAAUUAAUUUUAGAUACUCAUAGCAACAAUUCAUUUAAAAAUAAUAAUAAUAUUAUAGAACUGAAGCAACUAAAGCCAAAAGAUACUAACUAUUCAAUGUCAUCUACAUCUGUAGAUCAUGUGGUACAUGAGAAUCAUAGCAUUUGUAAUAUAAGAGAAAUAUUAGAUCAAGAAUUAACUAAUAUUACUAACACUGCUAAUAUAACUUGCAACUCGUAUGUGUCCCCUCCUUCCCCCAAUCAUAGGCAACAAGAUGAGGCAUCUCUAAGUCCAUCUUAUCCACUUCCGGCUGUUCCUCCUAUGGUCUCAAAAGUAUGUCAGUUACCAACAACUAAGGCACAACCCACUGCCUCAUUGCAUCGAAGAUCCAGUGAUUCUGAUUUGAGUGUUACUCCAAAAGGCAAUUCAUUUGGAGCAAAUGAUAGAUCAGUAACUGGAUUAUUAAAAACGUCGACCGCUGUAAUACGAACCAUGAAUCAAGAUGCAUUUGAAAUGCUAGAAUAUCCAUUUAUUACAAUGCAACAAUAUCCAUCAGGAUUUAUUUUGCAUAUCGGUGGUCUUGUAAGUUCAAGAUCAGUGAAACUUCUUGAAAGAAUCAGUAAUUUAGAAGAACCUGAAAGUCGCGAUGCUUGGUGGAAAGAGGUCAGAAUGGAAGUUCGAUCACAUGCCAGAGCAUUAGCAUGUAAUGUAGUUAUCGGUUAUAGAGAAGAAACUAGUAUUUGCGAUGAUGUUUGUGUGUUAAAUGCAUACGGUACUGCAGCAAUAAUCAAUCUUCAUAGUUCAAAUCAGGAAUCAGACAAUGUUUUUAUCAGUAAAGGACAAUCAGGAUCUGGUGCUAAUCCCACGGAAGCAGAACGUGAAAAAGCUCAACAGAAAUCUGUACCUGUAAAAGUAGAAAAAAGUGAUACAGAUACAUCUGUACCAAAUUUGAUACAAACUAGCAAAACAAGGCAUAUUUCAGAAAAUAGAGAUCAUGAGAUUCAAUUUCAAAGCAAAUGUAGUUUAUGUCAUUUGCCAUACAAUGAAGCAAGCGUUCCAUUUCGCGUAAAUGUUUCAAAAUGCGCUAUAUGUAAACGUGCCAGAGUACCGGAUGUAAUGUUUACUACUAUAGAGUUACCAGAAAAUCUUCUAACGAUCGGUCGAGGAUGUAUCAUUCAAGCUACUGCGUGUAAAGCUAAAAAGGAUCUUAGAGGAGAAUUAAAUGCGAAGGAGAUAUCAGAUUGCUUGCCAUUUUUAGAAUAUGAAUUACAUAGUUUACUUUUAAAUAAGUUAAAGGUUAAAGGAAUGAAUGCGAUAUUUGGCUUAAAGCUACAAGUUUCUGUUGGAGAACGAUUAAUUAUUGGUAUGGCCGUGGGUACAGCUGUUUUUUUAACUGCAUUACCUACGCCCUCCAUCCCACAAAUUGCAUCUGGAAACUCUUGGCAUAAAGAAGAGCAAUUAGCUGAAAUUCAGAAAACUUUAGUUGAAACAGUCAAACAGAACAGAGAGUUUUAUCGACUCAAACCUGUUGGAGAUAUUGAAAAUGGACGAGUUACAACUUCUGAUACUGAUGAAUCAGACGAUGAUUUACCAGAUUUAGAUUUUAGUGUGGGUCCAAGAGAUACUUGUGUAUUAGAAGUAGAUGAUAUUGAAGAUAUGGAUAGAAUAUCGUUAUUGAUGGACGAUAGACCUCCAGAGGAUUUUCAUGUAGUAAAUACUCAAACAAUUCCUGGCUUAGAUGAUUUAGAAAUCGUGAGAAAUUUACAAAUGUUUACUCAAAUUUCAAGAACAAAAAUUCCUGCUGGACAAUUUGCAUCAAUGCCUUCUAAAUUUUUUGCCAGGUUACUGCAGUCUGUAUAUUUUAAAUUAAGAAGAAUGAUCCCUUGUGCCCUAUGUGAUAUGCAAUUUAAGUUAGCACUUCCUGAACCAGAUGAAAUACAAUUUACAGUAAUUGGUAUGGCUCUUGGAUUAGGAGAUCCAAUAAAAAUGAAUAAAUCUAAAAAAAAAAUGAUUAGCCAUUCUGCAAGUAAAGACCAAGUUAAAAAAUUAGAUGAUAGUGAUAUGAUAUUUAAUCUUGAUGUGGAUCAUACAGAAGUUUCAUCGGAUAAUGCAUCUAGCAGUAAUCUAAAUUUAACUACCUUACAUAGUAUGCCAUCACUGAAAUCUCGGACUCGUUCUCCAUUACGAUCCAAAAUUCAUACAACGCGUAGACACAAACAUGUGCCUUUAAAGGGAAGAUAUGGUGUAGAUAUAACACCUUUGUCUUACCUACCAGGUGGUCGUAUAGAAAGAUAUUUAGGAAAUUUAAAUUUCUUCUUCAUUCGUGAAAGCACCUCUAUUAGAGAAAAUGGAGGUCUAAGUGGAUUUACCCAUAGUUUCGUAAUGGAAAUUUUAGCAAUCGUUCGUGCGCAUAUUACAGCUUUGGGAGGUAAUGCAAUGGUAGCGUUUUUUAUGACUAAAUGUGUACUUCUUCACAGUCCACAUAAAAACCAAGGUCAAUGUUUGAUAAAUGUUGGUGGAGAUGUAGUAUCUGUAUCGUAUUUCGCGGAUGAAAAGCAGUGUGGAGUUUCAAAUUGCUGACCCCAACCUCCACAUUCCGCACCUCCAUAGCUACAACCUUACUCUGAGAAGCAACGUCGAAAAUUUGACUUCUCUUUGAUCGAUGAACUUCAUUAGUUAUCUUGGACGGACUCGUAUCUCGUAAUCCCGUGAUAGGAUAGGGUUUGUAAAUAUUCGAAUUUCUAGUGUAUGAAUACGAUAACGUAGAUAAGUUCAUGAAAUUUCGUACAUUUAAUCAAGCGGCUUUCAGAUUAACAAUAUCGAUUCUAUUACAAGACGCACAUGUUCGAUUAAGCACGAUUUUAGAAACAUCUUUUAAAGAAAUAUAAAAAUACGUAGUUUCGGUAAUUGCGUGCCUUCCGAAUUGUAUAUAAAUUUACAAAUAAUUCUUUCGUCCAACGAAGUAAAUAAUUCUUGCAGUCAAAUUGUAUAAUUCAGGCAUCUUGAAUGGAAUUUAAUUUCUUUUUUUAAUGCAAAAAUAAUAAAAUAUAAGUAGAUAUUUUAAAUUCUUCAAAAAGGUUAUGGUGAUUGAUGUUGAUGUGGAUAAAUGUUCAUUUUUUUCGGAAGGUAACAAGAAUAAAUACUGGUUUGCAAAAAUGAAUUUGUCAGUAAACAUUUAAAGAUUUAGCAAAUUAAGUUAAAUUGAUUAGAUAUUAGAAUAAUAAAAAAAAUUGUACAAGCGUUCUCGAUGAAGAGAAAUAAUUUAAAUCUUACAAUCUUUUAACCUUUUAAUGCAAAAAUAAGAUUGUAGAACAAAGCUGCAUAAGAUGUACAAAAUUAGAAUCUUUAAUAAUGUAUGGUUUAAAAGAUACCUUGUACAUUUGGAUUGUUAUGCAUGCAUCUCUAAUUCUUUAAAUUUAAUCGUUGUUUAUGUUAUACUGAUUUGUUUUUAUAAAUCUCUAAUACUUAUUGUGCGAAAUUUAAAUCACACGAUAAAUGUAAAAUGUGUUUGUUUUUUAUUAUGACACAAUCAUGAAUAAUUCCUUAUGUUAUAAUGUGAUUAAAUAAAAGAUUGUCAUCUAA